AUGUCUGACAUUCAGGAUAAACAGGUGCGAAUAUAUCAACCCACUUACCAAUUAAAUCCGAGAAAACGUUUCAAUGUCGAAAAAGUCGAAAAGAUGCUUAACACAAUUUUGGAUUCUGAAUUAGCAGAAGUUGAAUAUAGUGAGAAGUUAAUUCCCGAACUGUGUAUGAAUCUGGCUGACAGUAUACGGAUCUCCGUAAAAGAGGAAAACUAUGACAGAUACAGGAUCAUAGUUUCAGUGAGCAUAGGCCAACGUCGUCAGCAAAGCGUACACGUGUUCCAUUCGUUCCUCUGGGAUCCGGAACGUGACGGAUUCGCGGCUGCAACUUAUGAGAAUUGUCAUUUAUACGCUUACGUCGUUGUUUACGCAGUUUACUUAGAUUAA